AUGGAAAAAAGAGUUGCAAUUGUUGGUGCAGGAAUCAGUGGCCUACUUGCCUGCAAAUAUGUUACACAAAUUGGUUUUCAUCCAAUUGUCUUUGAAGCUGAUGAUGGCGUUGGUGGACAAUGGAGGCAUACGAUUGAAAGCACAAAAAUCCAAAACCCUAGACAAGAUUUUCAAUUUAUAGAUUUUCCAUGGGAUUCUUCUGUAAAAGAAGAUAAUCCCAAUAACCAUCAAGUGCAAGAAUAUCUUAACUCCUAUGCUAAACAUUUCUCCAUCAUUCCUUACAUAAGGUUCAAUUCAAAAGUCAUUGAUAUUGAUUAUGUUGGAGAGUCUAAUGAAGAAAUGAAGUCAUGGGAAUUAUGGAGUGGUAAUGGCACUAGUUUUGGAUCCAAGGGAACAUGGCAUAUUACUGUGGAAGAUACUAAGGAUUUCUCAAUUGAGGUGCACAAGGCUGAGUUUGUAAUUCUUUGCAUUGGGAAAUAUAGUGGUUUUCCAAACAUUCCAAAGUUUCCUCCUGCGAACGGCCCGGAGGUUUUUAAAGGUAAAGUUAUGCAUUCUAUGGACUAUGCUGCAUUGGACAAUCAGACUGCUGCUGAAUUGAUAAAAAACAAGAGAGUUACAAUAGUAGGCUCAGGAAAGUCUGCUCUCGACGUCGCUACUGAAUGUGCAGAUAAAAAUGGUCUCAUUCAUCCUUGCACAAUGAUCCUGAGAACCGUACAUUGGUUUAUCCCAAAUUUCAACGUUUGGGGCAUUAGUCUUGCAUUCCUUUAUUUCAAUCGUUUCGGAGAGCUUUUCGUUCACAAGCCUGGAGAACAUUUUCUUCUUGGUCUUCUGGCCACUUUGCUUUCACCAUUGAGAUGGGGAAUUGGCAAACUAAUUGAAGCAUAUUUAAAAUGGAAACUACCACUGAAGAAGUAUGGACUUGUACCAAAUCACAGCUUUCAUCAUGAUAUGUACAAAUGUACAUUUGGGAUAUUUCCUGAAUUAUUUUUUGACAAAGUGAAUGAAGGAUCCAUUGUGAUAAAGAAUUCAGAAAGCUUUAGCUUCUACAAUGAAGGUUUGAUCAUUAAUGGAGAAGCUAAGCCCCUUGAAACAGAUGUAGUUAUUUUUGCAACAGGAUUUAAAGGUGAUGAAAAACUGAGAAACAUAUUUAAAUCUCCAAUAUUCCAAAAUAAUAUUAAUGGGUCAACUAACUCAACAGUUCCUCUCUACAGGCAAAUAAUUCAUCCUCGAAUCCCACAGCUGGCAAUCAUAGGAUAUGCUGAGGCUUUAUCAAAUAUCUAUUCUAAUGAAAUGAGAUGCCAAUGGCUAGCACAAUUUUUAGAUGGAAACAUUGAAUUGCCAACUAUUAGAGACAUGGAAAAAGAUAUCAAAGUAUGGGAAGAUACUAUAAAGCAAUAUGAUAGAAAUUGGAAGUCAUGCAUUGUUACUUGUGGCAUAUGGUAUAAUGACCAAUUGUGCAAAGACAUGAAAUGUAACCCUAGAAGAAAGAGUGGUCCUUUUGCUGAGUUAUUUGAACCAUAUGGGCCUGCUGAUUAUAAUGGUCUUGUCCAAAAAUGAUUAUAAUGGUUACUUUGAAGGUUGUGGGACCACCCUCCUAAUGCUUUGUGCAUCAUGCACCUUCUUGGAUGAUUUUUAUUCUUUUGGUUGAUUUUUAUUCUUUUAUUUUAUUUUUUGUUUUAAUUUUUGUAUUUUCUUAGCCUAAGU